GUCUCCGCCUGCUGCUGAUCCAGGUGUGACCACCCAUAGGCGCCGAGAUGGCUGGGGCCUCUGUGAAGGUGGCGGUGCGUGUCCGCCCCUUCAACUCCCGGGAGAUGAGUCGAGAGUCCAAGUGCAUCAUCCAGAUGACCGGGAGCACAACCACCAUCGUCAACCCCAAACAGCCCAAGGAGACGCCCAAGAGCUUCAGCUUUGACUAUUCCUACUGGUCACACACCUCGCCCGCGGACCCCCAGUACGCGUCCCAAAGGCAGGUGUACCGGGACAUCGGGGAGGAGAUGCUUCAACACGCCUUCGAGGGCUACAACGUCUGCAUAUUCGCCUACGGCCAGACAGGAGCCGGCAAGUCCUACACCAUGAUGGGGCGCCAGGAGAAGGAACAGCAGGGCAUCAUCCCACAGCUCUGUGAAGACCUUUUCUCCCGCAUCAAUGACACCACGAAUGACAACAUGGCCUACUCAGUGGAGGUCAGCUACAUGGAGAUUUACUGUGAGCGUGUCCGGGACCUCUUGAACCCCAAGAACAAGGGAAACCUGCGUGUGCGGGAGCACCCCCUGCUGGGCCCAUACGUGGAAGACCUGUCCAAGUUGGCCGUCACCUCCUACAAUGACAUCCAGGACCUCAUGGACUCUGGAAACAAAGCCAGGACCGUGGCAGCCACCAACAUGAACGAGACCAGCAGCCGCUCCCAUGCCGUCUUCAACAUCAUCUUCACCCAGAGGCGCCACGAUGCAGAGACUGAUGUGACCACAGAGAAGGUGAGCAAGAUCAGCUUGGUGGACCUGGCAGGCAGUGAGCGGGCAGACUCCACUGGGGCCAAAGGCACUCGUCUCAAGGAGGGUGCCAACAUCAACAAGUCCCUGACCACCCUGGGGAAGGUCAUCUCUGCGCUGGCUGAGAUGGACUCUGGGCCCAACAAGAACAAGAAGAAGAAGAAGACGGAUUUCAUCCCAUACCGAGACUCUGUGCUCACCUGGCUGCUGCGGGAGAACCUGGGAGGGAACUCCAGGACAGCCAUGGUGGCUGCCCUCAGCCCUGCAGACAUCAACUAUGAUGAGACCCUCAGCACCCUGCGGUAUGCUGACCGGGCCAAGCAGAUCCGCUGUAACGCUGUCAUCAAUGAAGACCCCAACAACAAACUCAUCCGUGAACUGAAGGACGAGGUCACCCGGCUGCGGGACCUGCUCUACGCCCAAGGUCUGGGUGACAUCACUGAGACCAACACUCUGCCCGGAGGACCCAAAUUGACCAAUGCGCUGGUGGGCAUGAGCCCAUCGUCCUCGCUCUCAGCCCUCUCGAGCCGGGCAGCCUCCGUGUCCAGCCUGCACGAACGCCUCCUGUUUGCCCCUGGUAGUGAGGAAGCCAUCGAGAGGCUGAAGGAGACAGAAAAGAUCAUUGCUGAACUCAAUGAAACCUGGGAGGAGAAACUGAGGCGUACAGAGGCCAUCAGGAUGGAGAGGGAAGCACUGCUGGCUGAGAUGGGCGUGGCCAUGAGGGAGGAUGGUGGCACGCUGGGGGUGUUCUCGCCCAAAAAGACACCGCAUUUGGUCAACCUGAAUGAAGACCCGCUGAUGUCCGAGUGCCUCCUGUACUACAUCAAGGAUGGCGUCACCAGGGUGGGUCGUGAGGACGGGGAGCGGCGGCAAGACAUCGUGCUGAGUGGACACUUCAUCAAGGAGGAGCACUGUGUGUUCCGAAGCCACGCGCUUGGGGACAGCGAAGCUGUGGUGACCCUGGAGCCCUGCGAGGGAGCUGACACUUACGUCAAUGGCAAGAAAGUCACUGAGCCCAGCGUCCUGCGGUCAGGAAACCGCAUCAUCAUGGGGAAGAGCCACGUGUUCCGGUUCAAUCAUCCUGAGCAGGCGCGGCAGGAGAGGGAGCGAACGCCCUGUGCGGAGACGCCAGCCGAGCCUGUGGACUGGGCGUUCGCACAGCGUGAGCUGCUGGAGAAGCAGGGGAUCGACAUGAAGCAGGAGAUGGAGCAGCGGCUACAGGAGCUGGAGGACCAGUAUCGCCGAGAGCGGGAAGAGGCCACAUACCUGCUGGAGCAGCAGAGGCUGGACUAUGAGAGCAAGCUGGAGGCUCUGCAGAAGCAGGUAGACUCCCGCUACUACCCAGAGAACAAUGAGGAGGAGGAGGAACCUGAGGACGAAGUGCAGUGGACAGAGCGAGAGUGCGAGCUGGCGCUGUGGGCCUUCCGCAAGUGGAAGUGGUACCAGUUCACGUCUCUGCGAGAUCUGCUUUGGGGCAAUGCCGUCUUCCUCAAGGAAGCCAAUGCUAUCAGCGUGGAGCUGAAGAAGAAGGUGCAGUUCCAGUUCAUCCUCCUCACAGACACCCUCUACUCCCCACUGCCCCCUGACCUUCUGCCUCCCGAGGCCGCCAAGGAGCGGGAGACGCGGCCCUUCCCCCGCACCAUCGUGGCUGUGGAGGUGCAGGAUCAGAAGAAUGGGGCCACCCACUACUGGACGCUGGAGAAGCUCAGGCAGCGCCUGGACCUGAUGCGUGAGAUGUAUGACCGGGCGGCCGAGGUCCCUUCCAGUGUCACCGAGGACUGUGACAAUGUCAUGACGGGCGGGGAUCCUUUCUAUGACCGUUUCCCCUGGUUCCGACUGGUGGGCAGUUCUGUGGCCACGGGCUGUGCCACCCACCCUCUCCUGGACGCGUGCAUGAGCAAGCGCAUGGCUCCCACCCCCUCCCCCGCCUUCUCCAGCCCCGACUCCGACGCCACUGAGCCUGCCCUUGAGGAGCAGAGCAUGGGGGAGAAGGAGGAGGAGGAGGAGGAGGAGGAGGAGGAGGAGGAGGAGGAGAACCUGGAGGAUGACGUCUUCCAGGAGCACACGCUGUGUGGUGGCCGAGACCCAUUUUACGACCGGUCGCCCCUGUUCUGUUUAGUAGGAAGGGCCUUUGUGUACCUGAGCAACUUGCUGUACCCGGUGCCCCUGGUGCAUCGCGUGGCCAUUGUCAGCGAGAAGGGAGAGGUGAAGGGCUUCCUGCGCGUGGCCGUGCAGGCCAUCUCAGCCGAUGAAGAGGCCCCGGAUUAUGGCUCUGGGGUCCGCCAGUCAGGGACAGCCAGGAUCUCCUUUGAUGACCAGCACUUUGAAAAGUUCCAGUCUGAGUCAUGCCCCGUGGGAGGCCUGUCCCGGUCGGGGACAUCCCAGGAGGAACUGCGCAUCGUGGAGGGCCAAGGCGGGGGCACGGAUGCAGGGCCCUCCGCUGACGAGGUCAACAACAACAUGUGUUCUGCCAUGUCCCCAGAGGGUGUCCUCCCGGAUGGCCCUGAGAAGGCAGAUGGGCUGGGGGAUGGGACGCUAGAGCACCUACGUCUGGGCAGUGUCUUUACCUUCCGCGUGACGGUGCUGCAGGCUGCCAGCAUCUCUGCCGAAUACGCCGACAUCUUCUGCCAGUUCAACUUCAUUCACCGUCAUGACGAGGCCUUCUCCACAGAGCCCCUGAAGAACACGGGGAGGGGACCCCCACUGGGCUUCUACCAUGUGCAGAAUAUUGCAGUGGAGGUAACACGCUCCUUUGUGGAGUACGUGCGCAGCCAGCCCGUGGUGUUUGAGGUGUUUGGCCACUACCAGCAGCACCCGUUCCCACCACUCUGCAAGGAUGCACUUAGCCCCUUGAGGCCUUCUCGCCGCCACUUCCCAAGGGUCAUGCCGCUGUCCAAGCCAGUGCCCGCCACCAAACUCAGCACCAUGGCACGACCCAGCCCCGGACCUUGUCACUGCAAAUAUGACCUCCUGGUCUACUUCGAGAUCUGUGAGCUGGAAGCCAACGGAGACUACAUUCCUGCUGUGGUGGACCACCGAGGCGGCAUGCCCUGCAUGGGCACCUUCCUGCUGCACCAGGGUAUCCAGAGACGUAUCACAGUGACACUGCUGCACGAAAGUGGUAGCCACAUCCGCUGGAAGGAGGUCCGAGAGCUGGUCGUAGGCCGCAUCCGGAACACUCCGGAGACGGACGAGGCUGUCAUGGAUCCCAACAUUUUGUCUCUCAGCGUCCUUUCCUCUGGCUAUGUGCACCCAGCCCAGGAUGACCGGACAUUUUACCAGUUUGAGGCUGCGUGGGACAGCUCCAUGCACAACUCACUGCUACUGAACCGUGUCACACCAUAUCGCGAGAAGAUCUACAUGACGCUUUCGGCCUACAUUGAGAUGGAGAACUGCACGCAGCCUGCGGUCAUCACCAAGGACUUCUGCAUGGUCUUCUACUCUCGAGAUGCCAAGCUGCCCGCCUCGCGUUCCAUCCGCAACCUCUUUGGCAGCGGAAGCCUGCGGGCCUCGGAGAGCAACCGUGUAACGGGAGUGUAUGAGCUGAGCCUGUGCCAUGUGGCCGACGCGGGCAGCCCAGGCAUGCAAAGGCGGCGCAGACGGGUUCUGGACACAUCAGUAGCCUAUGUGCGGGGCGAGGAGAACCUGGCAGGCUGGAGGCCGCGCAGCGACAGCCUCAUCCUGGAUCACCAGUGGGAGCUGGAGAAGCUGAGCCUGCUGCAGGAGGUGGAGAAGACUCGCCACUACCUGCUGCUGCGGGAGAAGCUGGAGGCGGCACAGCGGCCAGGCCCCGAGGCCCUGUUCCCAAGCGAGGACACCGAUUCCCGCAGCUCGUCCAGUGCGUCCUCGCCGCUCUCGGCUGAUGGGCGCUCCCCACCUGAUGAGGCCCCCAGCGAGAGGCAGCGGGAGCUGGCCGUCAAGUGCUUGAGGCUCCUCACACAUACGUUCAACAGAGAAUAUUCCCACGGCCACGUUUGCAUCAGCGCCAGCGAGAGCAAGUUGUCCGAAAUGUCUGUCACGCUGCUGCGGGACCCAUCCAUGUCCCCUCUAGGGGCAGCCACGCUCACACCCUCCUCCACCUGCCCGUCUUUGGUUGAAGGGCGGUACGGAGCGGCUGACGUGACGACACCUCAGCCCUGCUCGAGGCCUGCCAGCCCAGAGCCUGAGCUGCUGCCAGAUGUGGACCCCAAGAAACCCCUGUCCCCAGGGCGCACCGAGGCAGACAAGGAGCCUCGGCGCCUGCUGGUCCCUGACAUUCAGGAGAUCCGGGUCAGCCCCAUUGUAUCCAAGAAGGGCUUCCUGCAGUUCCUGGAGCCACACACGGCCGGCUGGGCCAAGCGCUUCGUGGUGGUGCGACGGCCCUAUGCAUACCUGUACAACAGUGAGCGAGAUUCCGUGGAGCGCUUUGUGCUCAACCUGUCCACGGCGCAGGUGGAGUACAGCGAGGACCAGCAGGCUAUGCUCAAGACCCCCAACACGUUCGCUGUGUGCACGGAGCACCGUGGCAUCCUGCUGCGGGCAGCCAGCGACAAGGACAUGCACGACUGGCUGUACGCCUUCAACCCGCUGCUGGCCGGCACCAUUCGGUCCAAGCUAUCAAGACGGAGGUCGGCGCAGAUGCGUGUAUGAGUUCAAGACCCCACCAUCCCACGGCCGCUCCCCUGCCCGUCCCCACCACCUCUGGCCCUCCGUGUCCCUGCCACCGCCCUCGGGGACGUGAUCACAUGACCUUCUCACCAUCAAGGCCACGUGCCGCCUGCAUGGGGACCUGCCAGGUCCUCUCUGAUGAGCUGGUGUCUA